CGGUCGAUCCCCGAGCUCCGCGCGUCGCCUGCGAGGGGCGGGGUCUCUUCCCCGGCGGGACCGACGGCUCGGCGCUCGCCUCGGGAGACGGCCGAGCCUGGGCGAAGGUCCGGCGAAGACGAUGGCGGCCAACCAACCGCCGCCCCCGAAGCCCUGGGAGAACCGGAGGCUAUCUGCAGAUGUGGGAGUUAGUCAGCUGACGCGGCCCGGACAGCCCACCCUCACCCGCGUGCCCCCUCCCAUUGUGCCAAGGCCAUCUCAACAGACUGGGAGCACGGCCCUGAGCUCUUUCAGGCCUUCGUACAGCAGUCCCUUCAGCUCAGGCUACGGCACGUACGGGAACUCCUUCUACGGAAGCUACAGCCCUUACAGCUAUGGAUAUGGCGGCAUGGGCUACAACCGGUUUCGGAUGGAUGACGUUCCCGCCAGCCGGUUUGUGCAGCAGGCCGAGGAGAGCAGCCGUGGUGCGUUCCAGUCCAUCGAAAGCAUUGUGCAUGCCUUCGCCUCGGUCAGCAUGAUGAUGGACGCUACCUUUUCGGCGGUCUACAACAGCUUCCGAGCCGUCUUGGAUGUAGCCAACCACUUCUCCCGGCUCAAGAUCCACUUCACCAAGGUGUUUUCGGCUUUUGCCUUGGUGAGAACUAUACGGUACCUUUACAGGCGGCUGCAGCGGUUGCUGGGUCUGAGAAAGAAUUCCGAAAAUGAUGAUUUGUGGGCAGAAAGCGAAGGGACUGUGGCCUGUGCUGGCCCCGAGGAAAGGGCGGCCAACUCUGCAAAAUCCUGGCCCAUUUUCCUAUUCUUUGCCGUGGUUCUCGGGGGUCCCUACCUCAUUUGGAAGCUGCUGUCCACCUACACUGAGGACGAAACAGUUUCCAGCAAUUGGGCAAGUGGAGAGGAUGAUCAUGUUGUUGGGAGAGCAGAAUACGAUUUCAAUGCUGUUUCGGAAGAAGAAAUUUCCUUCCGUGCUGGCGAAAUGCUAAAACUGGCACCCAAAGAACGACAACCCAAAAUACGUGGCUGGCUCUUGGCCAGCCGUGAUGGCCAGACAACAGGACUUGUUCCCGCUAAUUAUGUCCGAAUACUCGGCAAAAGGAAAGGAAAGCGAGCCGUAGAGCUGGAGAAGGUUACUGAGCAUGAGCCGGCACUCAGCAACGCCACUUUGAUCCCAGGAGCCACAGCUUCCGACACCCUGGAAGAGCAAGAAGCUGCCUUUGAGUCUGUUUUUGUAGAAAAUAAUAAAGUCCCUGUCACAUCCAGCUCUGCUGUGCUUGGUGGAGACAAACAGGACCUUUGAUGCAUUUAUCAGAGUAAGCCUGUGGUGGUCACGGUAAUUCUGUAGGAUAGGCAUUCAGUAGUGAUGUAGCGGAACACUGUUAGUCAUUGGGAGGGAUGUUUUCAGUCUAAGCCUGUCCUUGGUUCUUUUGGCAUUGAACAGUUGUGUUAAGCAGGCUAGCAUCCAUUUCAUUAUCUCAGGCGUGGGUGAGUUUUGGAGUGCAGGAGACUUGGCACCUUGUCCCGUUCAACGGAAGGAGCUGGGCUGAGAGGUUCCCCAGGCAGCUAUCUGCUUUGAAGUCCUCCUCAGGGACUGAAUACAGCGUCACUGUGGCGGUUCCAAGAAAGAACAUGUUUUAACCAAGUCUUCACGCAUAGUGCAAGAUUGGUUUUCUUUCCCUCCUUACACCCAGUUUUUGUGAGAUGAAGAAUCUCUGGCUCAUGGGGAUAUCAGGAAACCUUUGGGGGGAGGUGAAUUAAUACUUCCAUAAGUUAGUAGUUCUGUAUGGAAGGCACUUUAGAACUGACAGCAAGCCUAGUUAAUUGUACUUCCAAGAUGUGAGGCGACAUGUGCUUGGUCCUCUUUUCAUAGAUAGGCUUUCUACUCUGAGCUUUGCUCCUUUGUGCUGCCUUAGACCCCUGUGCUUGAAGCUUCAUUCAUUCUUCAUGUCAUUCUUUGCCUGGACUAGUAGGCAAUUGCUCUUUAACUAGUAAUACUGCAUCACUUUUUCUUCCAGUUCAGGUUUGUGACAUCUGUGGCUCUGCUUUUUUCCUGUCAACUGCAAGCUGAUCUAUCAAGAAUGCCUCAUUGAGGCUCAAACUGCAUGUGACAGCAGAUCUGUAUGUUUUAAACCCAAAUCUGCCACUAUUACAUGCAGUCUCAGCUUCAGUGUUUAGUAAAUCUGAUUUUCUCAUCCCUUACAAUUGCAGGUACGAGCUGAUAGUCAUCCUUUGGCAUUGCUCUACUAAGGAUGCUAAACUUUGCUCCUAUAAAGGUUGAGAUGUUACUUUACAAAGCCGGACUAACAUGAAAAUGAAACUUGUUUUCUGAAAUCAUGUUUGCUACUGUAUUGAUGCCACACUAUUCUGAAUAGUGAGAUAAAAAUCCAGGUUGAUUCUGGGAAGAUGUGAUAAUUAAUAAAACUAAUUUCAGGCUGCAAUUUCUUAAAGUGGUAAACCAGAGCUCCACAAUUUCUGUAGCAGCUAUGAACUUCCAGUGCGACACAACUGCAUAUCCAUCUUUGUAGACUGUUUUAAAAUAAAAUACUGAGUCUGACACAA